UACCGUGUCGGGAGCGCUGGCUCGGGGAGCCGGACCCUGGCGGGCUCGCCAUGGACCGCGACUUGCUGCGGCAGUCGCUGGGCUGCCACGGCCCGGCGCUGCUGGCGCUGCUGCGGAGCGAGCAGCAGGACAACCCACACUUCCGGAGCCUGCUGGGCACGGCAGCCGAGCCAGCCCGCGGCGCGGCGCCGCCACAGGGAACCGGCAGGAAAGAGAAGAGAGUUGACAACAUUGAAAUACAAAAAUUCAUCUCUAAAAAGGCGGAUCUGCUCUUUGCCCUGUCUUGGAAAUCAGAUGCGUCUGCGCCCUCUGAAGUGCAUGACGACAAUGACAAUCAUUAUGCGGUCAUGCCACCUUUGGAGCAAUUUAUGGAGAUCCCUAGCCUGGACCGGAGAGAGCUGUUUUUCCGAGACAUUGAACGUGGUGACAUAGUGAUUGGACGGAUUAGCUCUAUUCGAGAAUUUGGUUUUUUUAUGGUAUUGAUCUGUUUAGGAAGUGGCAUCAUGAGAGACAUAUCUCACUUAGAAAUCACAGCUCUUUGUCCCUUAAGAGAUGUGCCUUCUCACAGUAACCAUGGAGACCCUUUGUCAUACUACCAAACUGGUGACAUAAUUCGAGCUGGAAUCAAGGAUAUUGACAGAUACCAUGAAAAGCUUGCAGUCUCUCUAUAUAGCUCAUCUCUUCCACCACACCUGUCUGGCAUCAAACUAGGUGUGAUUACUUCUGAAGAGCUUCCUUUGUACUACAGGAGGAGUGUUGAACUAAACAGUAAUUCUUUGGAGUCCUAUGAAAAUAUCAUGCAGAGUUCUCUGGGAUUUGUUAAUCCAGGAGUAGUUGAAUUCCUUCUAGAGAAACUAGGAAUAGAUGAAUCUCAUCCACCAUCUUUAAUGAGAGGCCUACAAAGCAAAAAUUUCUCUGAAGAUGACUUUGCUUCGGCAUUAAGAAAGAAGCAAUCAGCAUCUUGGGCUUUAAAAUGUGUGAAGAUUGGGGUCGAUUAUUUUAAGGUUGGACGACAUGUGGAUGCUAUGAACGAGUACAAUAAAGCUCUAGAAAUAGACAAACAAAAUGUAGAAGCUCUGGUAGCUCGUGGAGCAUUAUAUGCAACAAAGGGAAGUCUGAACAAAGCAAUAGAAGAUUUUGAGCUAGCAUUAGAAAACUGCCCAACUCACAGGAAUGCAAGAAAAUAUCUCUGCCAAACACUUGUGGAAAGGGGAGGGCAGCUAGAAGAAGAAGAAAAGUUUUUAAAUGCUGAAAGUUACUAUAAGAAAGCUCUGGCUUUGGAUGAGACUUUUAAAGAUGCAGAGGAUGCCUUGCAGAAACUUCAUAAAUAUAUGCAGAAAUCUUUGGAAUUAAGAGAAAAACAAGCUGAAAAGGAAGAAAAGCAGAAAACAAAGAAAAUAGAAACAAGUGCAGAAAAGUUGCGUAAGCUCUUAAAAGAGGAGAAAAGGCUAAAGAAGAAAAGAAGAAAAUCAUCAUCUUCCUCUUCAAGUGUUUCUUCUGCUGAUGAGUCCAUUUCUUCCUCAUCUUCUUCCUCCUCUAGUCAUAAACGGCAUAAGAAAAGUAAGAGAAAUCGCUCAGAGUCUUCUCGCAGUUCAAAGAGGCAGUGGUCUAGGACAUCCUCAGGUCACACAGAUCAGAAUAGGAAAGAUGAUUGCUACCCAGUUCCAACGAACACUUCAGCAUCUUUCCUUAAUCAAAAACAAGAAGUGGAGAAACUGCUGGAAAAGCAGGAUAAGUUACAGUGUCCAAACACACAGGUAAAAGAGAGAGAGAGAUGUCUUCUCACAUCUUCAGUUGAAGUACCAGAUGAUUUGGGAGGUAGGCCAGAUUUUUACAAUAGCUAUAAAACCCAGGCAGGUAGUAGCAAAACGGAAAAGCCAUGUAAAUCAGAAAGACAAUUCUCCAGUAGGAAAAAUUCCUCGGAUUCAUUCUCUAGAAAUCCAGAGGACAAGAUGAAAGCAUCUAGUUACCGGAGAUUUGAAAAGGACACGGAGGGAAGAAAAGAGCACUCUAGGAGGUGGGAGCCAAGUUCUGUGAAGUACUCAGCUUCACCAGCAAGUUCGGACUACUCUUGGAAGUCACUUGAAAAACACAAAAAAUACACUUACUCUGGAUCACGUGAUGUUAGUAGGCACGAGCAAAGAUGCCAGUUAAAUACAAAUGAGGGAGAACGUGCACACGAAAAGGAGGACAGCUAUGGGGAGGGCAGCAAAACUGAGGCUCCAGAAGUGACACUAAAUAGCAAAGAGCAACCAGAAAGCAGAGUUAAGAAAAAUUUACCUCAAAAUUUACUCAAUAUAUUUAAUCAGAUAGCUGAAUUUGAGAAAGAAAAGGGAAAUAAACCAAAAAAAUGAUCUGCUAAGGAAAUUGUCACUAAAUUUUCAGAAGUUUGGGGAUGCUUUUGUCCUAAAACAGUUCUGAAGCUAGAAGUACUUACAGCCGAUUACAAGACGCUCAGUUUUGUUUCCGUUAUCAGCCCCU